GCCUAUCCCAACAUCACCUUGGGAAGAUGUUAGUAUGGAUUUUGUCCUUGGUCUACCAUGAACUCAACGAAGCAAGGAUUCUAUCUAUCAUGGUCGUGGUUGACAGAUUUUCUAAAAUGGCUCACUUUAUUGCUUGUCAGAAAACUAAUGAUGCUUCUCUCAUUGCUGAGUUAUAUUUUAGAGAGAUUGUGCGUCUACAUGGAGUUCCAAAGACCAUCACUUCAGAUAGAGAUGUGAAGUUCAUGAGUCAUUUUUGGAGGACUUUAUGGAGAAAGAUGGGCACUCAACUCCAGUUUAGUUCUGCUAGCCAUCCCCAAACUGAUGGGCAAACUGAAGCUAUCAAUAAGAUUUUGGGGAAUGUACUACGAAGUUUUGUGGGAAAAAAUUUGCGACAAUGGGAUCUUGUGCUUGCCCAAGCUGAGUUUGCCUACAACAACUCUUUGAAUCAAGCUACGGGAAAAUGCCCAUUUGAAGUAGUAUAUGGAGUGCAUCCUUUCAGUCCUUUAGACCUUGCUCCAUUGCCCACAUCCCAACAAUUUAGUGCAGAUGCUAAACAACGAGCCAAGGAGAUCAAGAAACUUCAUGAAGAAGUUCGUGAGAAGCUACAACGUCAAACCAUUAGGGCAAAUGGUCCUUUUCAGAUAGUGGAGAAAAUCAAUGAUAAUGCCUACAAGAUCAAAAUUCUAGGUGACUAUGGAGUCUCUACUACUUUCAAUGUAGCUGACCUAUCUCCUUACUAUGAGGAUCAUGAGCAUUGAACUCAAACUCGAGGACGAGUUUUCUCCAACCAGGGGAGAAUGCAUCAGGGGAAAGCACCACAAAAGUGCACCAAGAUUGCAAGUCAGCAAAUUUCAGACUACACUCUGCAGACUACAAAUAGGCCGGUGCAAUUUUGUCAAAAGUGGCCACUAAAUUCCACAAAGAUGG